GCGGGGCCUGUGCAGGUCAGCGCCGGAAGUGCCUCUCCGCCUCUGCUACUGGACCAUGGAGACCUUGUCACUGUAGGGACUGUGGUGUGAGGAUUGCAGGGCCGGUGGCCAUGGAGGCCGUGCUGAACGAUCUGGUGUCUGUGGAGGAUCUGAAGAAGUUUGAAAAGAAAUUUCAGUCCGAGCAGGCAGCCGGCUCAGUGUCCAAGAGCACGCAGUUUGAGUACGCCUGGUGCCUGGUGCGGAGCAAGUACAAUGAUGACAUCCGUAGAGGCAUCACACUGCUGGAGGAGCUGUUGCCCAAAGGGAGCAAAGAGGAACAACGGGAUUAUGUCUUCUACCUGGCCGUGGGCAACUACAGACUCAAGGAAUAUGAAAAAGCUCUCAAGUAUGUGCGAGGGCUACUGCAGACGGAGCCCCAGAACAACCAGGCCAAGGAACUGGAACGGCUCAUAGACAAGGCCAUGAAGAAAGAUGGACUUGUAGGCAUGGCCAUCGUUGGCGGCAUGGCCCUGGGCGUGGCGGGACUGGCCGGACUCAUCGGACUGGCUGUGUCUAAGUCCAAAUCCUGAAGGUGGCCGCACCUGCUCUCAGUCCCCCCGCUGCGGGGGGGGGGUGCAGACCUGGAGCCCAUGGGGGACACUGGAAGAGAGUGUUGUCCAUCCUUGCUGGCCCUUGCCUAGUCUUCCCUCACCCUUGUCAUCCCCCUCCAAGUCCUCCAUGAACUUCAACCCCCACUCCUGAGACCUGUUGUGUAGCCCCAAGUCAUGUGCUUUGGGAUGUGUGUAAAUAAAAUUGGGCUGUGGCUUGGGAA